AUGUCCGUCGUUUCUUCAGAAGUGUCAGCGAACAACCCCGUGACAUCAGAAGACGUUGUCUCGUGUGCGGCAAAACUCGGCUUUCAAGUCAAGCCUGAGGAAUUAGAUGCUCACAGAGUUUUGUUGGCCGCGGCCUACGAAACCUUUGAAGAGCUCGCUGCGCUACCCGACUAUGAACCCCCAGCCACUAAGCCUCGCUAUACGCGACAUGGCAUCACCCGCGUGGACCAAGAAGCCAAUGAGUUUGGCAGCGCUUGGUCGUAUCGGUGCACCUUGACACAAGGAGACAAGCAUUCCAGGCAGGACAAGCCGACGGGUCUGCUCAGCGGGAAAAAUAUUGUCGUCAAGGACAAUAUCUGCAUCGCUGGCGUUCCUCAGGUAUAUGGCACCGACGCGAUUAAACCGUGGGUGCCGCAAUGCGAUGCUACCGUGAUAUCGAGAAUCGUGGAAGCCGGCGGCUGCAUCGUCGGCACCGCAACGUGCGAGGCAUUGAGCUGUGCAACCGUUAGCAACACUGCCGCAGCCGGACCCAUAUUCAACCCUUGGGCAAAGGGGCAACAGUAUUCGGCCGGAGGUUCCUCGUCUGGCGUUGGUGCUCUCGUCGGGAACGCGGAUACCGAGGUCAAGCAGAUCCGCGUGGACAUGGGGAUUGGAGGCGAUCAAGGUGGCUCGAUCAGGGUACCGGCGGCAUUUUGCGGUCUUGUCGGCCUCAAGCCGACGCACGGUCUAGUACCGUAUACAGGUGUCGCAGCUUGUGAGCCCAUCAUGGAUCAUGUCGGCCCCAUGUGCAAGACGGUGUGGGAUACUGCGCUGCUGCUAGAGGCUAUUGCAGGCUAUGAUGGUCUCGACGACCGUCAGAUUGGGGCACAAAAGCAUGGCAGUAUCAAGUACUCUUCCAAUCUUCAAGACUGGUACACAUUGUCCUGUAGUCGCUGGCCAUCUAGACCAUUAUCUGGACGGAAGAUUGCAAUUCUCAAGGAGGCCAUUGAUGCACCAUUCGUCAAAGAGGAGAUGAAGGAUGAGCUACGACAAACAGCCCGGAGAUUUGAGCAGCUCGGGGCACAAGUGGAGGAAGUCUCCACGAAAUGGCACGAGACGGGCCGCUCCCUAUGGAUGGCCAUUUGCCGCCAAUCACUAACAAGUAUCGCCGUCGGCAACCCAAUGGGCCGGAGAGGCUACUAUCCAACAGGUUUCCUGGAGAAAUUACUACCUUGGAGCCAAGAGAAAUGGGACCGCCUGCCGGCAGCCAUGCGCAACGAGCUCAUCAACGGGGUGUUUGAACGUGACAAAUACCCUACUCUUUAUGCAAAGUGCAUGAAUCUCUCCCUUCAAUUGAGAGAAGAAUACGAACGUCUUUUUGAGACAUAUGAUGUUCUCCUCCUUCCCACGGUCCCCUUUACAGCGCCGCCUCUUUUCGACAGGGAAAAGGCCGGUGUAUGGGAAGUCAUGUCGUCGACCUUUGGCCAGACGCUCAACACCAUGCAAUUCAAUCUCACUGGCCACCCGGCAAUGAGUGUGCCGACUGGUCUCCGGACCGACAUGUCUGGUGCUUCCAACACUAAACUUCCGGUUGGCGUUCAGCUCGUUGGACCCCUGCACGGUGAGAAUGCUAUACUGGAAUUCGGGUAUGCACUGGAGCAGUCGUAUAAUUGGAAGGGUACACAGGAUACAUAG